CGUUCCUGGAACAUCAACAUCCUGUCCUGUGACCUGAAUCAGCAACUGCGACUCUUUGUGACCCGACACCUGGCUCAGUUUUCUUCUGAAGUCAAAGGCCAAAGAACCCUCCAUCACCGGAGCGAUACCCUGGAGACAGUGAUCCUGGUGAACCCCAAUGUGGACAGCAUUGUGGCUGAGGUCCGCUCACUGGUGUGUGAUUCUUCAGCCCACAAACUACUGAUCUUCUGUGGUCGGAGCUCAGACCAGGAAGGAGACUUGAUCCUGCAGACGGGGACCUUCACUUACCAGAAGUUUGCUGAGAUACUGUCUGACCCAGAGGUCACCCAGAUUCUUAGCAACGCUGAUUCAGAUACCAAGGCCUCCCUAACUGUGUCGUGCUUGGGAGAAGGAGACUGGAGCAACCUUGGACAUCCUCGAUUUCAGGAAAUUAUUAAUCUGAAACUGAAUCCUGAUCCAGUUUUGCCAGAAAUGGAUGGGGUGUCUGAGUUUGCAGAAUAUGUCUCUGAGACAGUUGACGUGCCAUCUCCAUUUGACCUCCUAGAGCCACCCACCUCAGGGGGCUUUUUGAAACUUUCUAAACCUUGCUGCUACAUAUUCCCUGGAGGAAGAGGUGAUUCUGCUCUCUUUGCUGUCAAUGGGUUUAACAUCCUUGUGGAUGGUGGCUCGGACAGGAAAUCUUGCUUCUGGAAGCUGGUGAGACACCUGGAUAGGAUUGACUCAAUCCUGCUCACCCACAUUGGUGCGGACAACCUGCCUGGCAUCAAUGGGCUGCUGCAGAGGAAAGUUGCUGAGCAAGAGGAGGAACAAUCCCAGGGCUCUACCAACUACAGUGACUGGAUGAAGAACCUGAUUUCACCUGAGCUAGGGGUGGUUUUUUUUAAUGUUCCUGAAAAACUGAAGAUGCCUGAAUCAUCCAUGAAAGUGAAGCGGAGCAUCGAGGAAGCUUGUCUGACACUGCAGUAUCUCAACAGACUGGGCAUUAGAGCAGAGCCUCUCUACAGGGUGGUCAGCAGCACCAUUGAGCCUAUCACACUCUUCCACAAAAUGGGAGUGGGUAAGCUGGACAUGUAUAUACUGAAUCCUGUCAAGGAUAGUAAAGAAAUGCAGUUUCUCAUGCAGAAAUGGGCUGGUAAUAGUAAAGCAAAGACUGGCAUAAUUCUUGCAAAUGGGAAAGAAGGUGAAAUUUCUGUUCCCUAUCUCACAUCCAUCACAGCCCUAGUGGUGUGGCUGCCAGCUAGCCCAACAGAGAAAAUUGUAAGGGUUUUGUUUCCUGGAAAUGCUCCUCAAAAUAAGAUACUGGAAGGUCUUGAGAAACUCAAGCACCUGGAUUUUCUGAGGUACCCAGUGGCUACUCAGAAGGAUAUCACUUCUGGAAUAGCUCCACCUGUGCUGAAGCAGACCAAAAUUAAACAAAGAACUGACAGUAAAGAGAGUCUUAAGUCUUCCCCCAAGCCAUCUGUGACAAAGCAAACAAAGAAAGAAGAGGCAGUUGAGGAGGGGGUUAAGGAGGUAAAACCAGAAGUCAUAAAGGAUGCUAAAAUUGAGAAAAAAGUUAAAGAACAGUCAGAGAAAAUUCCUGAGAAACCAGUUAAGCAUGAAAAGAUAAAGACAGAAACUAGUGAUACUCUCAAAGCUGAGAAAAGAAAAUUGGCAAAAGACAAGGCUGGAAAAAAGCAUCUCAAAGAGAAAGUAUCCAAACUGGAAGAGAAGAAAGACAAAGAAAAGAAGGAGAUUAAGAAGGAGAAAAAGGACCUUAAAAAAGAUGAUGGAAAGAAAGAGGAAAAAAAAGAUUCAAAGAAAGAGGAUAAAAAGAAAGAAACCAAACCAGAGCCCAAAAAAAUUUCUAAACCAGACUUAAAACCAUUUACCCCAGAAGUAAGAAAAACAUUAUACAAGGCAAAAGUUCCAGGCAGACUCAAAACCGAGAAGAUUAAAGUCAAACCUGAAAAGGAAGCAUCCCCAGUGGAGAAGGCACCUGUACAUGUGGAGUCAGGAGAGACUUCCCUGGCUGAGCAGAGGUUAGUCCUGUCUUCACCAGAAGACCUUACAAAGGACUUUGAGGAACUGAAGCACGAGGAGAAAGAGGCCUUGCAGGUGACUCAAGAAAUGUCCGAUUUUGAUGUUAGUGAUAAGACUUUGGGGGUACCUGAAGCAGAGAUAAAAGACUCAGCUGACACAAUUCCUGAGAGUUGCCUUGAAAUGGACCUGAUUUUGAAAACAAACAUUCCUGAUCAGGGAAUAACUACUAUUGAUAUGGAAAAAGAAUCCCCAGCAAAGGAAAAGGCAGUCCAGCAGUUAGAACUGAGAGUAGGUCAUGCUGAAAAAAUAGAAGAUGAAAAAAGAACAAUAGAUGAAAAGGGUGACAUGGGAUAUUGUGAGGGAAAAGCUGAGCAGGAGAAGGAAGUUCAGCUGUUUCCAGACAAAGAACGGGUCCCAUCACAGACAAGCCUCUUAGCAAAGGGUGUUGAGUCAUCAGCAUUUGGAGAGGAAGAAAAGGAGGAAGAGGAGAAAAUAUCUUUGGACAGAAAACAGAGGGAAGCAGAAACGAAGACUUGUGAAAAGUACCUUAAGGGGACAGAAGCACAGGAAGAGGGUGAGAAGGAAAAGAGGGAAGAUGUGAUAGAAAAGGCAGAACUGGAAGAAAAGGAAGAACAGCACAUGAAGGCAGAGCGAAAGGUGGAGAAGAACAGAGACAUCUAUGAGCUGAAUCAGGAUGAGAGGAAGGAGAAAAUAUUUACCACUACAGAAAAGGAAAAAGAAUUUAGUGACAUGGGUGAGAAAAACAAAUUACUUGGAAAGGAUGUAACAAAGGAGGAGUCGUAUCUGAGCAGUCUGCCAGUCCCACCAGGAGCAGCAGCAGAACAUGUUUCAUAUAUCCAAGAUGAAACUAUCCCAGGCUACUCAGAAACAGAGCAGACCAUUUCUGAUGAAGAAAUACAUGAUGAGCAGGAAGAGAGGAUCCCACACCUGAAGUACGAUGUCAAUGCCUAUGCCAUCUCUGUUCCUGACCAGCCAGGCUCUUUUGAAGCAGUACAUGGAAUACAGGCCGUGCCUAGUGCUGACCUUUCAGCCAAGGGCUACGCCGCCCAGGAGGCUGAAAUCCUGGCAUAUCCUACAAACAUUGUGGCAGCACCUCUGGCUGAAGAGGAACAUAUAUCCUCUGCUACCUCCAUUACAGAAUGUGAUAAGCUUUCAUCUUUUGCAACUUCAGUAGCAGAAGAUCAAUCUGUUGCAUCUCUAACAGCACCUCAGACAGAAGAGACUGGGAAGAGCUCUCUGCUCCUCGACACAGGGAACAGCAUGCCCUCCUCUCGGACUGAGGCAACACAAGGUCUUGACUAUGUCCCCUCUGCUGGCACAAUCUCUCCCACAUCAUCCUUGGAGGAAGACAAAUGUUUUAAAUCUCCACCCCCUGAAGAUUUCCAUGCAUUAGCAGAGGGAGAGAGAAAACUCGAAGCUCAGAAAAAGGAUCUUCAUGAAGAGGAAGAAGAGGAAGAAGAAGAUGGGACUCCGAAUAUUGAAAUGCCUCAGAAACUCAGAGAUCAUUACAGUGCCCCCAUGUUUACUCAUCAAGGGUGUCCUGGUAAUGCUGACUCUGCAGAGGCUGAGGAGCGAUGCACAAGUCCUGAUGACAGCACAGUCAAAAUGGCCUCGCCCACCCCAUCUGGCCCCACUAGUGCAGGACACACACCCUUCCACCAGUCUCCAGUGGAGGAAAAACUAGAAACAGUAGACUCAGAGCUAUUUGAAAAACAAACAGAUGCUACUGUCAAGAAAUUGGAAGUUCAAACUUCUGUUGUGGUGAAGGCAGCCAAGGGUGAACCUCUCCGUGAAGACACGUCUGCAGCUAAAUACAGACAUGAAAAAGAAGUGCCUGGAUCUGUGCAGCACAAACUGGACUUGGGCAGUGACAUUCCAGUGUCUCAUGGGGAAGAGGUGCAGGCAGAACCAGUGAGGAAGGAGGAGCUGCCCUGGCUCUCCUACCACAAGCAGGACACAGUGGUGAUAGGGGAGGAGGAGGAGCGACCCAUGCUGCCCCAUCCCAGCACAGAUGUGUUUCUGAAGACAGAAAAAGAUCAAGGAACUAAAACUAUGUCAGAAAGUUUAAUGGGAUUUUCCAAACACUUGUCCUUUGAGCCAUUCUCUGCCACAGAAACAUCUCUAGGAGAUGUGCAUCCUGCACAGUUUAGAAGCCAAAGCAAAUCUGAAAGUGACAAAUCUUCAAAAAUGUCACCAGCUGACACCAAAUCACUUUCUUUUACAGAGGAAAGUAUCGGUAAAGAAAAGUCCUCAGAUAUUUCUGUUAAGGGAGUGACUGGUAAAGAAGGAAAACUGCCGUAUUUCACAGAAGACGCCUUAGAAGAAGAAAAAUCUUUGCAUGUUUCAGUUAAAGACAUUUCUCCAGAAGAGAGCAAAUCCAUUUCUCUCACUGAGAGUCCCAACAAGGAAACAUCUUCAGACAUUUUUGUUAAAGGAAUUUCUCCAGAAGACAUCAAAUCUCUUAGUUUCACAGAAGAGAUAUCUGCGAAAGAAAAAACUGUGUCUGACUUUACUGACAAACUCCCUUCAGAAGCUGUGAAAUCCAUAGGUUUCACAGAGCAGAGCCCAGUGACAUAUGAAAAAUCACUGAAAAUUUCUGCCGAAGAACUCCCUAAAGAAGUGUCAAAAUCUUUUCCUUGCCCAGAAAGUAGCUCAGUUAAAGACAUGCCACCCAGAGAUACUUCAACUGAAGAAAUGUCUCCAGAUGACAGUUUAUUUUCAGCAGCAGAAAAGGGCCCAUUCAGGGGAAGAACUACAGGCUUGGACUCUCAGGAAGUAUCUCCAGAUGCAGAGAGCUUACGCUCUACAGAACCCAGCCCAACUGCAGACAAAACAUCUUCACACAUUGCUGGUGAAGGUGUAAAAUCUUGCAGAUUCAUGGAAGUUCAAGAAGAAAAAUCUCCAGAAAUGGAAGACUUUUACAUGAAGGAUUUAAGUUAUGAGAAGAAAGUGUGGUUUCCAGAAGAGGUGGAGGAGAUCCCUUUUCAGGGAAGGCGGCAGAGAUAUGAUAAAGAGAGAGAGAGCACGUUCUUGGACGAGGCACCUGAAUAUGAAUCAAAAUCCCUUUCUAAAAUGGGAGAGGAGGAGAUCCUGUCUCCUGCAGUGCCCAGCAGUCACACAUGGAGAAGAGCAGAAGGUGAAACAUGGGGCUCUGCAUAUGGGCAUCUUCAGGAAGGGCGAGAGACUGAAAGAGGAGGGCAGUUCCCCACUGAGGAGGAUGAGAAUCUCCAUCAUGCUGAAGACAAACCUGUGCUACUGCAACCAGAAGCAGAAUUUUCAAAGAUGGAAGCAUAUGAGUCCAAAGAAGACACACAGAAGAGUGCCAAGCCUACAUCAGAAACAAAGAGAGUGGAAGUAGUUCCUGCUGUCAUCACUUUCCCAGAAAGGGGAAGGCGGCAGAGAUAUGAUAAAGAGAGAGAGAGCACGUUCUUGGACGAGGCACCUGAAUAUGAAUCAAAAUCCCUUUCUAAAAUGGGAGAGGAGGAGAUCCUGUCUCCUGCAGUGCCCAGCAGUCACACAUGGAGAAGAGCAGAAGGUGAAACAUGGGGCUCUGCAUAUGGGCAUCUUCAGGAAGGGCGAGAGACUGAAAGAGGAGGGCAGUUCCCCACUGAGGAGGAUGAGAAUCUCCAUCAUGCUGAAGACAAACCUGUGCUACUGCAACCAGAAGCAGAAUUUUCAAAGAUGGAAGCAUAUGAGUCCAAAGAAGACACACAGAAGAGUGCCAAGCCUACAUCAGAAACAAAGAGAGUGGAAGUAGGUCCUGCUGACAUCACUUUCCCAGAAAGAACACAAAUGAAAAGUUCUCUUCUGUCUUCUCAGUAUGCCUCUGGAGAGGAAAACCAGGCCAAAGCAUUAACUGGAAACAAAGAAAGGCAAGAAUUGUUGGCAUCUAAACAAGAUUACUCCUACUUAGAUGAUGAGGAGAAAGCUGUCCUAGAUAUCUAUGCAAAGUCACUAGACCAAGCACUGACAGCAUCCUCCCUCUCUGGAACAGGAGAGAAGAAGGAGGGUGACACCACAACAGAAGCAGAAAGGCCUCACCAGUUAGAUCAGUACAAACCACCCCUAGGGGUAGAAGUGCCCUUGAAGGACACAGAGCAGAAAUCAGACAUGAGUGGUUUGUAUCAGGAAAUGGACUGUAAAUACAAGUCAGAUAGAAAGCAAGAGGAUGACUGCAAAUCCACUGAGCUUCUUUAUGAUUCUACAGGAAGAGAAGAGCAGAGAGGAGCAGCAUCUGCUCUGUUGCAGGCUGCAAGACCAGAAGAAUACGAGUACAUGGCAGCCCCCCCAGGGGAAAGAGCUGCAGUGCCGGAGCAGCCCCCCCGAGGACAGGGCAGCAGCACUGCCCCAGGGCAGGCUGAGCCCAUGGGUUCUGACAGCCCAGUGGCUUAUCCUCCAGAGGCCUAUUCCAGGAGCUCCCCUGAGCCUUAUGCCUGUGAGGAAGGGAUCUGCAGACCCAGAGGUGAUGACAGUUCUACAAGACAAGAACAAGAAGAAAGGGAACCAACUCCCUACCCUGAUGAAAGAAGCUUCAGGUAUGCUGACAUCUAUGAGAAGAUGAUUGUAUCUGGGGUUGGACCCUCCCUCUUCACACCCAAGGGUGCAGACAGCCCAGGUCACCCUGACAAGGGGCCAGCAACAGCAUUCAUCUCCCAAAAAGGUCAAAGUUUUCAUAUUUCUGCAAAGGAAGAAGAGUCCUGCCUUUAUACCUCUGCUGAGAAGGAGCUGUCAUCUCCAGUAUCCCCUAGAGACAAAGCAGAUUCAGCAUUUGACUAUGCAGACAUCCAUGAAAGAUACUUGCCCUUGUCUGAAAGAGAUAAGCCUAGGAUGCCUGGAGGACAGGAAGAACAGCAGGUGUCUUCUGCUUUGCUGGGAGGGCUGGACUCUGACCUGCACCCGUCACCCGCAGGCACCACUGACACCUUCUGUCGAGGCAAAUCCACUGCCUACAUUGAUGCUGCUCGUCCAGAUGAGAACAUCAUUUUGUCUAGCCAGGAGCAGACACUUUUGUCCCUGAAAUCUGGAAGCCCAAAUCUCAAAGAUACAUAUUAUGAGAAAGCAGGACGAGGGGAAGAAAUCACCAGUGACUCAGAGUUAGAAAAAGGUGCCAAGGAGAAAUCUGAGAAGGAGUGUAAACUGUACAGCUCUGAGGAAGCUGCAGGCUCAGUCUAUGCACACAUCUCAGCAAUGGGCAAGCUUCAGGUGUCUGAACCCCUUCUGCAAAGCAAGUGUCAGGAGUCCACAUCACCCAGUUCUACUGCCUCUUCACCCUCUGAUCCAGGGUGGAGAGAGGAAUACAGAGGUGGGAAAACUACAUCAGCUGCUGCUGGGGGGGCACGUGUUGCUGGUUACAGUGACCUGCCAGACACAGGCAGAGAUGAGCAGGCUUCAGAAAUGUGUCAUUUAAGGCAAGAUCCCUCACAAAAGAGAGAGGUUUCUGAGAAGUCUACAAAGGAAUCCCAUUUCUGUGUAACAGAUCCAAGUGCAGUGCUGGCCUCAGAGAGCCAAGAACAAGGCACAUACCUGACAUCUGCCCUGGGAGGACAGCAGCAAGUACACAGACAGGGCAGGGGGAUGGACAGCCCAGCUAGACUUGACUGCUCCCUACUAGGGAAGAGUGAAACAUCCACCAUGUUCAGACAUGAGCAAACCUCAGUGAGCCGUUUAGGGGAUAUCUCUCUUCCAUUGAAGGUUCCUUGUGCUUUGAUUUCAGACCAGGGGAAGAAAGAUGAGUACUUGGAGGUUUCUGAGAAAAUCAGCAGUCUUGACUCAUCUUUUACUAAAUUCUCAUCUCUGAGUCCAUAUGAAGAAGAUAAAUUGUUCUCCAAAGUUGUGGAAAGAGAGUCUGUGUCCCAACAGCAGCUGAAAGAUGACUCUUCCAGCCUGUCAGAGGAGCCUUCCUCUGAAGCUACUACUCCUGUGAUACCCACUACAGCAGAAAGUUUCUACUCCCAUAUGCUUUCCACACACACGGGUGCAGGAGCAGAAUCAGGUACCAGGAGUCUUUGGGAUGUGUCUCCACAGGUUCCAGAUAACGCUGUGAAAACACAUGCAGCUGAAACCAAGGACUUUGUGUUUGCUGAAGAACGUGUCUCUCCAUUCACAAGUAGCAUGGGGGACACCAUUUUGCCAUGCAAGGAGGAGUGCCAGAGUUCACAGCCCACACCAUUCUCUGCAGAGAAACACCCAUCCCCCUGUGUGAGCAGUCUGGAGCAGAAGGCACCAUUUGCAGAGCAGCUGAUGACACUGACAUCUCUCCCUGAUGUGUUGGCAUCAUUUCCUCAUCAUCAGCAUGAAGAUGAAACCACUGCCAAUGGUCCAACAGAGGUGAGCACCAGUCUGCAAGCUUUCCAAAGUACAUACCAUGCAGCAGAGGCAAAAGAUGAAAAGACAUGUCCUGAUUCUGACAGCAGUUUUUCUCCAUGCGCAGGCAAAGAGGACACAGAGAGGCAGAGCCGUCCUUCCUCUCUGAUGUCCCCUGAACACAGUUUCCAGCCCUUUUUCCCAGAUACACAAAGGCAUGGAAAAAGAGAGGACCAUGGAGAUGCUUCCCAUGAGAUGGAGCCACGUGUAGGAGGCAGUUUUGAUAGUGGACAGAAAUUCUCCUCAUAUGAGUACAAGCACAGGAAGGGAGAGCUCUCUCCCUCAUUCAUCAACCCGAGCCCUCAUGAGCUCUCUGAAGACAGUGACCUCUCCCAGGAGGACGGUCAUCCCUCAGUGCAAGGAAGACCACCCCACACUGGUAGUAGCCCCAUGCAAAGUGCCACAGUGGAGGAAACUCCUCCAACAUCAGUGAGUGACUCUGGAACCUCACAGUCAGACUCGGAUGUCCCACCUGAGACAGAAGAAUGUCCAUCCAUCACAGCAGAUGCCAACAUGGACUCAGAUGAAGAUGCUGAUUUCCUCCCAGUGGACAAAGCUGUUGGGAAUGCUCAUCAUGCCAGUUCUAGGUCCAGUCAUGAUCCUCAGCCUGUUCCAAUGGUAGAUCCCCAUCCCCAUCCUCCUCACCCUGAUGUCUGCAUGGUAGACCCUGAUAUGCUGGUAAAUGAGCAAAGCAUGAGCAGAACUGAUAAAGUUUCCAAGAAAGACAUAAAAGAAAAGAACAAAGGUGUGAGGAAGCCUUUGAGCAAACCCAAAUCUUCCUCACCUGCCCGGAAAUCGGAUGUGAAAGGGAAACGAUCACCCACUCCUGUCAAACAGCCAUCGGACAAAUCUCCAAAAUCUGUCACUGCCAAAAAAGAAAGAGAUGGAGGAGAGAAGCCCAAACCUCGAAGUGCUCUGACACAGCCUCCUCACACAGAGGAAGAGUUAUCCCGGGGUAGUCACAGCAACCCUAGCAAGAGCCUUGUGAAUGGCCUCAAAACAAACCCUGCUUCCAAUAGUCCUAAGAGCAGUUUGCCUGUGCCCAUGGGUCCACCUGUCUAUGUGGACUUGGCAUACAUCCCCAACCAUUGCAGCGGGAAGAACACGGAUCCAGAGUUCUUCAAGCGGGUUCGGGCAUCGUAUUAUGUUGUGAGUGGGAAUGAUGCAGCCAAUGGAGAACCAAGCCGUGCAGUGCUGGAUGCUCUUCUGGAAGGGAAGUCUCACUGGGGGGAGAACCUGCAGGUGACAUUGAUCCCAACACAUGAUACCGAGGUGACACGAGAAUGGUACCAACAGACCCAUGAGAAACAGCAGGAGCUAAACAUCAUGGUACUGGCAAGCAGCAGCACUGUGGUGAUGCAGGAUGAAUCUUUUCCAGCCUGUAAGAUUGAAUUCUAAGCCUCCCACA